AUGCCCCAUUACGUUGCGAUUGAUGCACGAGUCAGCCUGAGUAGGGACCAACGCCUCUCGGUCUGGAGCAGUCCUCCCAUCCACUCGAGUGGAGCACAGCACCUCAUCCCGCAGCCGUAUCGGGGAAAAAAGCCACUGCGAGCACGCAGCAAUUCUUUCGCCAUUGCAUCCCUUCAGGCGGCCACUCCUGAGUCACCUGUGAAUCAGUUUGCUCAGACGAUGGGCCCAGAGCGAAGCCCACCGACAACGGACACUUCGGGGCGUCGUGGCACGACUCCAGCCAUGGCAACCGAUUUCUCCUUAGGCGACCCGUGGGAAUUGAGGCGCGCGGCGGUAUCGAACCGAAAGAGCGUGUGGCGUCGACUUACAGCAAACGUCGACAAGUGUCUCCUUCGAGUCGUCAGCAAAUUUUACAAAUGA